AUGCAAGACCCCUUCGAUCAAAAGAAGAAAUCCAUUCUUGCUGAGAUUGGAGCAACAGAUGAGAUUACACCAGACGCAUCACCUAAGGGUACUAUCGAUGAGUUUUGCAUACCGAUAAUACAUUUGAUUAAUUCGAAUAAAGACAUGGUAACGACCUCAUCAUGCUCAGGAAGAGUCUCAGUCUUUCUUGAAGGGAUGAAGAAUAUUGACCAGGAUGAUAUCAAAAUUGGAGCCAAAGGUAACUACGGUCGUUGGAUAUUUGUCACUCAUGAUCCCAAAGACUUGCCUGACUGGUCCAGUUCAGUUAACUUCAAGUAUAUCACUGACGGAAGCUCAUACGGAUCUACAGAUGUCAAUGCCCGUUACAUUUUGUAUAAGUUUGAACCGUUAAUCUUGCAUGUUAAAUGUAGAGACUUGGAAAUGGCAAAUAACUUAUAUUCGGUUGCCAUGAGCUGUGGUUUUAGAGAAUCGGGAAUUGGCACGAAUAAUAUUGUUGGAAUAAGGAUAUCUAUAAAGCUAGAUGUGCCCAUUGGUUUCUUGAAUGAAACUAAUCAAGAAUUGACCUCAUUUGUAUCUGAAGAUUAUCUCCGUAUUAUUACAAAAUUAUCUGAAGACAGAUUUAAGGAAAAUUUCAAGAAAUUAGAUGCGUUGUAUAAAGCGAUUGAAAGUUUGAAUACUUUAAAAAGUCCAAUUUCCAAAGUAGAGACUAAGGAAGAAAGAAAGAGCAGAAAAAUGAAAGAAGGAUUAGCCAGAAGGGAAGAAGUACGUGCCUUAAAAGAGCAAAAAAAGAAAGAAAAACUUUCCAGUGAACAACAAGAGAAACAUCAUGAACAAAAACAAUAA